AUGGCGGAUCCAGAGAAGAAUGGAGUGUCAAUGCCAACACACCCGGUGAGGGUAGUCCACAACAAUUCCAAUUCCGUAGGAACCAUUUUCUCGGACCACGGAAAGUUUGUGGACGACUAUUCUGCUAAGGAGCUCCGGAGUCGCCAUACUUCCGCCGCCCUAAGUGAUCUGGAGGGCCAGAAGCCUGCCGAACCUCGGCGGAAGCGGUUUGCGCACUUCAGAUAUAACGUGUUCACUGUCUAUCGACGGCUCUUCACGUUUGUUAUGAUCGUGAAUCUGGCAUGCUUCAUCUAUGUGAUGGUCUCCAAACGACAGCUCGUGGCACUUGUGGAUGCGACAGCCGUGAACUUGGUGGCAUGCGGUCUUGCUCGACACCCAAUGGUGAUCAACGGCAUCUAUAGGGUCGUCUGUUCACUCCCCAGGUCUGCGCCACUUUGCCUGCGCCGCAUGGCAGCCAAAGCAGCCCACUACGGUGGUGUUCACAGUGGCUGCGGUGUUGCAUCACUAAUCUGGUAUAUCGGAUUUGUCUCUAUGGUCUCUAAAGUAUACUGGACAUCAUCCCCUAUCAGCACAUUGUCGAAUGUGAAAUUCACGGCUGCACCGAUUGCCAUUGCCUACAUCAUUCUUUUCCUGUUGUUCGUGAUGGUAGUUGUGGCAUAUCCGUCAUUCCGCAGAAAGAUGCACGAUUACUUUGAACUCACCCAUCGUUUCACAUCAUGGACUAUCCUAGCUCUUUUCGUUGCCUUGCUCAUGCUAUUUGCUCAUGAAGUUAGUACGGCACAAAAGCAGACCAUGGGCUACUUCCUCAUUACUCUUCCCGCAUUCUGGCUCUUGAUUGCGGCCAUUGUGGCUGUAGUCCACCCAUGGCUUCUACUGCGGAAGGUCCCUGUGGAACCUGAGCCUCUCUCGUCACACGCCGUGCGGUUGUCUUUCAACCACACCCCAAUCAGUUUCGCAAAGGGUAUCCAAGUCACGAAGAACCCUCUUCGCGACUGGCACAGCUUCGCCGGCUUCCCAGACCCUCUCCCAGAGCCUGUUGAGGAGCCCACACCGGAGGCAGCCCCAGAGCCCGCUUCCGAGCCAGCUCCAGGUCGGCAAUCUGCCCAAUUCAAGAAGGGCCACAGGAGGAGCUUCUCUAUUGUGGUAUCAAAGGCUGGAGACUGGACAGCCGAUACCAUCGAGAAUCCACCCAAGGAGCUCUGGAAGCGUGGAUCACUGAUGCGUGGCGUUGGCUAUGGUCUCCGUCUUUUCAAUCGCAUUAUCAUUGUGACCACAGGUUCCGGCAUCGGACCCUGCCUAGGCUUCCUCGGUGAUGAAAACCGACCUGCGAUCAAGGUUAUCUGGCAGACACGUACCCCGGAGAAGACAUACGGCCAGGAUGUGAUUGAUCUCGUUCACAAGAUGGGACCUGAUCCAAUCAUCUGGGAUACAUCUGUGAUGGGCCGUAUUGACAUGAUUCCUAUGGUGCGCCAGCAAUACAAGGAGUUCAACGCGGAGGCAGUCUUCGUGAUUAGCAACCCUUCGAUGACUCAAAAAAUCGUUUAUGACUUUGAAUCUCAAGGGAUCCCGGCUUAUGGCCCGAUCUUUGAUUCAUGA